GAAAGCCAGGGGGGAAGGCUGUUGCAAAGGCGAAAAGCACAGCAAAGGCGAAGGCAGCACCCGCAAACCCCAAAGCGAAGGCCGACCCUGCCAAGCCAAAAGCGAAGGCCGACCCUGCCAAGCCCAAAGGGCCCAAAGCGAAGGCCAAGAGCACACCAAAAGCCAAGGCCGACCCCAAGGCAAAGCCGACCACGCCAAAAGCGAAGGCCGACCCUGCCAAGCCCAAAGGGCCCAAAGCGAAGGCCAAGAGCACGCCGAAAGCCAAGGCCGACCCCAAGGCAAAGCCGACCACGCCAAAAGCCAAGGCCGACCCCAAGGCAAAGCCGACCACGCCAAAAGCCAAGGCCGAGCCCAAGGCAAAGCCCCUGGUCAAGAAACGCAGCAUGGCAGAGGCCUUGACCGGCGAGUGGAUCAAUGGGCUUGAGCCUGAGGAGUCCGAGACUGCAGAGCCGGAGGAGACCCCAGAGCCACCGACUGGUCGACGAGACCGAGCCAAGCAGACGAAGUUCAGCGUGUUGCUCGCAGCAGGAGCAGUGCCAGACACUCUGAAGACGGAGUGGGAGGCUUUGAAUGCCUCAGGCAAGAGGAAGCAGCUGACCAAGUUCAUCGAGGACACGGUGACUCGUGACCCCGAUACAGGGAGGCUUGCCCUCAGCUGCGAUACCGCAGAAGUGACCGGGGAAAGCAGUCUUGUGAAGAAGCAGGCCACAGGAUGGGGAGACAAAGGACUGCCCCGCACGUUGUUCAAAGGGCGCUUUGGGCUCACGGAUGACGGAUUGCGACAAGCGAUCUUGAAUGAUGAAGUGGGCGUCGUGUUUUGUCAAUGGCGAACCUUGAGAUCCACAUCCAUGGACGAGCGGAAUCACGCCGCAUCGAUCAAGUCCGAUGCUACAAAAGUGUCCGGCACCCAAGCCGCACAACUCGCGAUGCUGUUCGAGUCGGUCUCCAUGGAAAGGCCUGAGCCGAGUGAGGAGGACUUGAUCAAGCUGUGCCCCGCUUCCUCCAGUGCGGCUGCUUCAGCUCCGCCGCCCACGGCGAUGCAAGCUAUCGAGGACAAGAAGGAGGAGCCUCCUGUGCCAGCGACCUUGUCAGAGGCCGAAUGGGCCAAAGCGGACGAGCUCCUAAAGAAGGCUGAAGGAGCUGUCGAGAAGCUCAAGAAGGUCCAGGGGAGUAUCAUAGCAGACGCAACCAAGCUGAGCGACAAGAUCAAGCGCAACAAAGACGACCCCCUCCUGGCGAAAAU